GUUACCCAAACUUAACGCCAGGGGUCGCGUCACACCCACAGGAGAGCGUUGCAGCGCCUUUAUGUAGGUCAAUGUAACCGAGCACUCAUCAAGGCCAUCUGCAUCCAUCAUGCUGCAUCCACAGUUGGUUUAUUUGCGUUUUCUUUGUAUUUUUGCAGAUUCGUUUCUUACAUUUUUGAAACUUUGGAUAAAAUGAUGUUGGAUCUGUUGGUGUUACUUCAUGUUUUCUAAAAACUUGCAUGAUUAUAGUUUCUGUGGAAGUUUGACUUGAAUCAUUUAUAAACUUCAAGUGCUUUUCCCCUCGCUGAUAUUUUGUGUCUUUCCAGCUGAAAGGCACGCGCCACAUUUUCUUCUUAUUUUUCCUUUGCAGAGAUAGAUAUUCUGUCAUGAUACAUCAUCAUGAAUAUGUUGCCUCUCACUGUCGGUCUGUGCGCCCUCGGUGCGCUCUGCGUCGUCAGUGAAGUUGUCUGAUCCGCCGCAGACGAACGAGAGGUGCGCCACAAAACAUAUACCCUCUCCAAAAAGGAGAAGAAAGAGGAGAAGAGAAUGCUUCCUGAGCGGAUCACACAGCUGAAAUGUCUUCAGGGUGGACAGACGCAGAGAUAGAUGCAUGACAGACGCGGGUAAAAACAAUACUGAAAUGUUUCCUGAGCGCCAAACCGGGAUGAGAAGGUGGACGACGCUGUGAGGACGGAUCUCCUGCGAUGCUUUAGACCAUCUCUGCGCUCCACGGGGAAAAGAAGAGCCGAAGAAGAGGAGUGCAGGAAAAAAAAAUGUUCAAAGUUAGGCGUCUACAAGUGCGACCCCGCAAAGCGCCGUCCCGCAACAGCUGCAGAAAAUGGGCAUGAACUGAACGAAGAAUGCAUGUCGUUUGGGAUAUAUCUGUGAUUUUGCAAGCAUAUAUCAUCUGCACGUCAUCAGCUCAGCCUAUUACAUCCAAGCUUGAUGAGAGUUGGUGGGCGUACAAGGACGUUGUCCAGGGAAGCUUUGUUCCAGUCCCAUCCUUCUGGGGUCUGGUGCACUCAGCCUGGAACCUUUGCGCCAUAGGGAAGAGGCAGUCGCCCAUUGACAUUGAGACCAGUCACAUGAUCUUUGACCCCUACCUGACCCCUCUGAGGCUCAACACAGGUGGACGCAAGAUGGGAGGCACCAUGUACAACACGGGAAAGCAUGUAUCCCUGCGGCCCGACAAAGCCCACCUGGUGAACAUCUCGGGGGGCCCACUGGGUUACAGCUACAGGCUGGAGGAGGUCCGCCUCCACUUUGGGAGCGAGGACUCCCAAGGUUCAGAGCACCUACUCAAUGGACAGGGCUUCCCUGGAGAGGUCCAGCUGAUCCAUUAUAACCAGGAUCUGUAUGCCAAUUACACUGAGGCAGCUAAGAGCCCUCAUGGCAUCGCUGUGGUCUCCAUCUUCAUAAAGCUCUCUGAAAACUCCAACUCCUUUCUCAACCGCAUGCUCAAUAGAGACACCAUCACCAGAAUCAACUACAGACAUGACGCUUUCCUAUUGAUGGGCCUGAACAUAGCCGACCUCUACCCCGACACCACGCGUUACAUCACUUACGAGGGCUCCAUCACCGUCCCCCCGUGCUACGAGACAUCCACUUGGAUACUCAUCAAUAAGCCUAUCUACGUGACGCAGAUGCAGAUGCACUCCUUGCGCCUCCUCAGCCAGAACGAGCCCUACAAGAUCUUCAUGAGCAUGAGCGACAACACUCGGCCGACCCAGCCUCUGCUGCAGCGCUGCAUCCGAACUAAUAUCAACUUCAGCAAGCAAGGUCGCGACUGCCCCAACAACCGUGCCCUCCGUCCACAGUAUAGAGUGAAUCAGUGGCUCCUGAAGUAGAAAAUAAAAAGAUGUCGAGCUGCAGCAGUCACGAGACGAGAUGUAGGAUUCAUUCGAGACUACUUCACACUGCCGAACCGGAGACCGGCUGAGCCGAGCUGAUUGACCUGAACUGAACGGACAUCUCAACUAAACUGAUCUCAGCUAAGCUCGACCAACUGAACUCCAAACAAUCUUCUGUGCUGGCCUCCUACACAAUCUUGACACAACUCAUGUGGGCCAGCACAGUGAGGCUAGAGACCAGACUUUGAGUCCAAAGUGUGAAAUAGACCAUAAGGACUCCGAUGUCUAUGCUGUACUGUGUUUUUAUUUGUUGUGUAAACUCACAAAAAUUGGAAAUGUAAAGACUCAAUCAUUUUCUGGCUGGUUUUCAGAGGGAUGGAUGUUAUCUGAAGACUACAGUAUGCUCUGUUUGGCUGUGAUCGUCGCUCAUCCACAUUCAAAGUCUGCCUACAUGAGGCAGUUAUGAAAAUGAUCAUCCACUGACUGGAGGAAUUCUUACUUUUCCAUUGAUGGUCUGAACCCCGGGCGAUAAAGAAACACUCAGCUGUGGUAUGAUGAGAAAUAUAUAAAAGAAAAAAAAAAUCAGCUGAUUCCGAUAUCAAAUAGUAACUAAAGAAGGUAAUUUUCAAAGAGAAUGUGAAAUGUGUGAAUUUCAGGUUUUUGUAGCUGAAGGGGGUGAAAAGAAGGGAGAGACUGCAACACUGACAUUUUACAGACCUGAACAGAUGGAGUCACUGGAGAUUGGAAAGGAAUAGGUCACUCAUUUUGCAUGAUUUUAUUAUAGUUCACUCGUCUUGGAUUUUAAGGAUUUUAAUUAAAAAGUGGUGACAGAAUGGUGCUCACAUCAGGUACCUGCUUCACACAGUAACAUAAAGGACAGGCCUCCCCUCGGCAACUAUGAACUUACCAGAGAUGUUCAAACCAAACUGUUUAUACUGACCAAAUUGACCUUUCAAUAAACCCCUCAACUGAGCAGCGAUUGUACAAUCAAAGCUUAGCAACCAUAACUGAGCACAGCAUGGAUAUGGAGCUACUAGGCUCCCGAGUCUUUUUAUCCAUCCAUCCAUUUUCUGUAACCACUUUUCCUCUUCAGGGUUUCAGAGCACUGGACCCUUCCCCAUUGGGCGAGAAGCAGGGUACACCCUGGACAAGUCACGUUCAUCAGGCAACCACUAACCACUGCACCAUUGUGCAUAAGCUUUCAUAACCUUAACAAAUGUUUCUUUGUGGUUCUCAGUCAUUAGAGUCUCAACCCCCUAACUCCACAGGACAACUGUUGCUUUGCCCACAGACAGAACAACAACUAAUUUAAUUUUGGCCUUAAUUUAAGAGGCUUAAAUUUAGAUUUAUUGAAAUAACAGCACCCUCACAUACAUCAUUCAACAUGUCCUUUAUCAGGCCUAAAAGAACAAUAAUGGAUAGAAAUCCAUAACAUAACUGUGAACAGUAUAUAACCCACAGUAUGAGUGAGAUCUUGUCUCCCGUGUUGAUUAUAUGGCGUUGACCUUAUCGAGAGCUGCUUUCUGUAGCUCCUCACUGCUUGCCUGCAUGUUAUUCUCUACAACCAUUUGGCGAUCCCCAGAAAUUAUAUAGCGACCUGUUGUUACCUGUUCAGCACAUCAGUGUAUGACCUGGAUUUGAAAUGGUCACUUUCAGUUUUGCCUCAUGGACAUUUGUGGUAUUGCAGCGGAAAAUUCACCUGUUGCCCUAAGAGCAUCCAAUAUUCUUAUUGGACUGAAUAGGCGCCAUCUUUGGGUCCGGUAUCUAUAAUACAUCCAUGGUUCAGGACUUGAACAUGGUGCUGUGUGAGAAGUUAGCACCAAUAGCAACAGUAACUAAGGGGGUACAGCUUAGUGGAAGUUAAUUGGACAUGAAAAUGAGUCUGAUUGAACUAAGUGAGGUGAAACUGAUGUUCAUGUUAUUCAGCAGCAGCAGUUUAUAAUUCAGAGGUUUAAUUUAGAAAGAUUUAAACCUCUUGAAAUCAUCUAUGAUGUCAAUGAUUAAAACUACUCUUCUUAAAAAGAAAAUCACCUUGUUGAUCAUGUUUUAUUAAAGUCAUAAAUCACCUUCGAAUCAUGCUCUAAUCAAUCAUGCAAUUUCAGUCAGAGUCUCUGAAAUAUAAACAAUUCUCUCUGGAGCUUUCUUGGAAAGUGUUACCGGUACUCACCAAAUUACAGUGUGUAGCCUUAAGGUCUAACAAUGUGUUGAGUACAAUUUCUUUCUUCACAUGAAACACUUGCAAAGACUUUUUUUUUAAUUGUUGCGUUACUACCACCGGUAGAUUAGUAGAACAGUAUGAACCCAUUGGCAUGAAAUGCAUCAUUCACUUGCUUGUACUUGCUUGUACUUGUACAAGACAAACAAAAUGGGGGUCCACUCAUAGGAAAAUGCAGUCAUAAACUCCUAAGGGUACCUUUAGUCAACAGAUCUCAGGUAGCAACAGAUCUGCAACCCAAUAUAGAUCUUUAUGGUUCCACACACCAUGGGACCAGAGCAGAUGUAGAAUUAACAUGGAUUCAUUCACAUGUUCACAGACCUGAAUCCCUGAAUAUAUUUAGAACCCGGCCCUACUUGGGUUUUUGAUCAAGUCUCAGUUACUUGAACCGUGGACCCAUGAGGACCUCUGGUCCACAAUGAGAAUAUAGAGUUUCAAAGUGACUUUAAAGUUGUAAAAUGGGUGACCUAUAUUUAGCAUAUUAUGGAUGGAUAUCUUGGAUCAACAGCAACAACAACAUUGGUCAUUAGCUUGUUUGAUUGUUUUUUCAGUUUGCUGUGAUGUUGUAUCUCAUGAAAGGAACCAAAUGGUCUUUUUUCUGUUUGUUUUUCAAAAUGUAACUGUAAUAAAUAGAUGGAACUGUAAUGAGGAUGGAGAUCAGUGUGAUAACAUGUAGCUCAGCAGAGAAAUGCACAAAGUCUACCAUCAACUAUGAACGUUAUUUUACUUCUUUUGGGGUUGCCUGAAAUAAAACUCAUGGUUCACUUUGAAUGGUGCUGUAAGUCUGAGUUUGGAUUUUGCUGGAUUACCGUGGAAAUUCAUACCUUUUUGGACAAAAAUAA